UGUCAAGCAGCGCCCUCUACUACAAGUACACAACUGACCAAUGACAACAGUAGUUCAAAUGUACCCUGAUAACUAAACGUCAAAAAAACGUAAUUUGUUGUGACGGUAAACGUCAAAAUGAACGUUAUAUCUGCCGUGAAGGCCUACGUGCUGAAAAUGACGGAAGAAAGCGAACCGGGCAUGAAAGUUUUGUUGAUGGAUAAAGAAACUACGAGCGUUGUCAGUAUGGUUUAUGGACAGUCAGAGAUACAGCAGAAAGAGGUGUUUUUGUUGGAGAGAAUAGAUUCUGCGAACUACAGGCACUCUACGGGGCUGAGAUAUUUGAAAUGUUUGGUGUUUCUGCGGCCUACAGCGCAGAACAUCGAGGCACUGUGUAAUGAGUUGAGAAAGCCAAAAUAUGGGGCGUAUUAUAUUUACUUCAGCAAUAUUAUAGCUAAGGCUGAUAUUAAGGUGAUUGCUGAGCAUGAUGAGCAGGAAGUUGUGAAGGAAGUUCAGGAGUUUUACAUGGAUUAUUUAGCCGUUAAUCCACAUUUAUUCUCUGUUGGUUUGCCAGUUUGUUUUAAUGGUACAUCGUGGAUUUCUACAGCUCUACAACGCAGUGUACAGGGUAUAGUGUCGCUGUUGUUAUCUCUGAAAAAGGCGCCUUUAAUAAGGUAUCAAGCCAAUUCAAGUGCUUGUAGGGAAUUGGCGGGUAGAAUUGAUGAGGUUAUGAAUAAGGAGUCGUCUUUAUUUUCUUACGGGCAAAAUGGUCAACCAUUAUUGCUAAUAUUGGACAGAAGGGAUGAUCCUAUAACCCCCCUGUUAAACCAGUGGACUUACCAGGCCAUGGUGCACGAAUUACUGACGAUAAACAACAACCGCGUCAACUUACUGAACGUGAACCCCAGUGUAUCAAAAGAAUUAUCUGAAGUUGUUUUAUCGGCCGAACAAGACAUAUUUUACGCGAAAAAUAUAUUCAUGAAUUAUGGUGAGAUAGGGCAGAAUAUAAAACAGCUGAUGGAUCAGUUCCAGGCUAAAGCAAAAAGUCACCAGAAAAUUGAAAGUAUUUCAGAUAUGAAGAAUUUUGUUGAGGCGUAUCCGCAGUUUAAGAAGUUGUCGGGGAAUGUCACUAAACAUGUGACUGUAGUGGGAGAGUUGAGUUCUAUGGUGAAUAAAUAUUAUUUACUUGAUGUUUCUGAAGUGGAGCAGGAAAUUUCUUCGCAGAAUGACCAUUCUUCUCACUUACAAAGUAUUAAGAAAUUACUAAAUAAUGAUAAGGUUAGGAAUUUUGAUGCUGUUAAAUUGGUAAUGCUGUACUCUCUAAGAUAUCAAAAUCACAGCAACAACGACAUAGCAGGACUUAUUAAUGUUUUAAAAAAACGCCAUGUAAGUGAAACAUUAACAAAAAACAUCAUAAACUUACUAGAAUACGCUGGUUCCCAUGCUCGACAAAGCGACUUAUUCAACGUUGAAAACGCUGUCAAGAUAACAAAACGAUUUUUCAAAGGCCUUUCAGGCGUUGACAACGUCUACACUCAACACAAACCACUUUUACACGACACUUUGGAAGAACUAGUAAAAGGUAGGCUUCGCGAAAGCCUUUAUCCCUACGUAGGCAACCAGUCGAACACCGGCCGGCCCCAAGACAUAAUUGUUUUCAUCGUCGGGGGAACCACAUACGAAGAAUCGCUAACCGUGCAUUCCUUCAACAAAAGUUACCCCAGUUUUAACAUUCUACUGGGGGGCACUUAUGUGCAUAACUCCACUAGUUUUCUCGAAGAAGUCGAGUAUGCAACCAGAAACACAUCGAGGAUACACACGAGAAAUAUACACGUUAGAUUUGAGUGAUUUUGUUUUUUAUUACACGCGUUAUUUUAAAAAAUUUAAAUCGAAUUUUAACAUCGCUUUUUGUUUUGUGACGCCACCAAUAUUUACAUUCCAAGCUUUCUAUU